CACACACACACACACACACACACACACACACACACACACACACACACUUCAUGCCUCUCUCUGGACUGUUGGUUGGUCCUCACAUGAUCAGUUGUUUGCCAUUUAAAACACAGAUGAUUGAUUUUGUGUUGUAUCAUGAAAUAUAAAUUAAAUAAUUUUUUCGUACUGCUUCAUUUUUUUUGAAAGUCAGUAUUCACUGAGCUCUACUUCUUAUUGCAGAGAGAUAGAGUAUCAGUGACAUGAGCAAUGAUAUUAAAAUGUGUCUCUGUAACAAGAUAUUCUAAUACAACCAUUCAAUGACAUUGGAAGAUACUUAAAAUUUCUGCUUGUAUUAAUUAUUCAUCAUAAGUGUUACAAAUGUCUGACAGUUUCGCUUUUUGGAAAUUUUUAUUAAUAUUUUUGUAUCUACUGGCACAAGGCUAUGAAACCUUUCAUUGUUAGCAUCUGUGACUCCUCACCCAAGAAGAUAUAAGAAAUAUAACUCUGUUCGUUAUAUUCCCUAUAGAAUACUGAGAUCAUCUGCAGCAAGUCUAUUAGAGGGUCCCAACAACAGCUGAAAGAAAAUUGGAGACGCAGCUUUUGUAAAUUAUGUUCCCAAGUUGUGGAACAGACUACUGAUACACAUCAGAGAAGCAAGUUCAGUAAAAGUCUUUAAAAAAAAGUAUUUUAAAUGUAAUUUUACCAUGUUUCUUAUGUUUCCUAAAACAUAUAUAUAUAUAUAUAUCUCUUGAUUCAUUCACACAUCACUGUGUGUGCAAGUCUGCAGGAUAUGACGUUUUAUCUGACACCUAUUCAAUGACAUUCAAUUUUCAAAUUCUGUUCAAAGGGUUGAAGAGAACAAAAUGCAAUCUGUUUGAUCAUUAGAUCCACUGUUUUUAAGGUUAAAUAAUACGGUGUCACUGCAUUUUGUCCUUUUGUUACGUGCUUUUGUUGUUUCCUCCUCCUUUUCCUCACUCUCUCUCUCCUCUCAGGUGAGUGUGAUUAUGUGGAGGGGUAUUUAAAGAAAACUGGAGUCUCUCAGCCAUCUAAGUGGCAGCAGCAAUUGCAAAAUGUUUAGUGUGUUGCCUUAUUGAGUCGAGAGGCUAUGAUAGUCCUCUUUUAGGUUUUUGAAGGGGGUCAGUAGGGACCCUCAAAGUAUGAAAACAGUAACUCCAGACUUUUUCACGCGAUUAAUACAUUGAGCGGCAUCAAGAUGCAUUGUUGUGCAUUCGAAUCGUUGACUGCUGAAUCGUGAGGCUAGUGAAGGUGCACUAGUGAGCACACAGUCAUCAGUCAUGUCACACAGGCAGCACCUCCCAGCUCCUGUUCCAGUUGCACUGUUUUUUCUUUGCUUGUGUGGAGCUGAGUGCUGAUGAACUAAGCUGCCAGUGCCUCAGGUGUACAGCUACUUAGCCUAAAGACAAAAAACAUAUAUAGUGAACUUGUGUCUUUACCCUGGGUAAAACAAACACCAACUAAAUGGUGUUGUUUUUUGACGUUUUCUUUCCAUUAGAGUGUAAGAAGAAGACAUGGAAGCUAAAUUAAUUAAGUACAAAAAAAAAAAUGCAUGUAGUGUCCUGCCUUGAAAUGCAUCAUUUCUUGAACUGCAUCGUUUUGAUUGUAGGCUCCUCAUCGAAUCACCACUCAUUCUACUACUGUUGAGAAUUUAACAAUGAUGUAAGUCAGAGGUUAUUGAAAUAAAUUGUUAGGCUAGAUGUGAUACUAUCUUUCACUUUUUCUCACUUUAGCCCAUGCUCCCCAAAAUGUGUAAAGCUUUUCAUGGGAUUAACUUAAAAAUGUGUUUUACACAGAUUUUUAAAGUGCCUUUACACCAAAGUCCAUUUAAAUUUAUCUAUGAAGAGCUUGUGGUAAAUCAUGCAUUCCCUGCAAAUAGGACUUUAAAAUAUGAAGGUAUAUGAUACAAUAUUGUUCUGAGUCCUCUUCCGUGAGAUCAAUCAUCUACAGCUCUCAGUUGUGCUGAUUGAUCGUCUGUGGUGAAGGUGAAGGUGCUCUCCCAGCUGCCUCACCUCCACAAUUUUUCAUUAAGAGGGCUGUAUCAUUGUCAACCAGCCAAUGAUUGUGUCAACACUUAGUUGUGCAAAUAGAUCGGAUGUAUAAAUGUUUCAACGGCCCCUUGGCCUCUGUGCAGUUGCAGAGACGCCUCCUUCUACUGCAGUUGUGUUUCAGUGAUCUUAUUUUCCUCUGUGGCAAAAUCAAGAAGAUGGGAACCUGUUGGAUUUUACUGGGUCUGCUCUCUAUCUGCAGCCUCUGUUUUAGUCAAGAAUGCGCUCAAGAGUUAAUCGAGAAUGUGGAUUUCCCGGGAUCAGAUAUAACUUUUCUCUACUCUCCGGAUGCAAGGCACUGUCAGCAGCUGUGCACUGAGCACCCCUCCUGUCUCUUCUUUACCUUUGUUCGACAAGACUGGACCAGAGAUAACAGGAACUUCUACUGCUACCUCAAGUCCACUCCCUCUCUAAAGCCCAAAGUCCGGACUCCACUACAGGGUGUCACUUCGGGCUUUUCUCUCAAAAACUGCCCCUCAGAGCUGGAACAACCUUGUCGGUCUCAGCUGUACAAGAAUGUGGACUUCCUGGGGGCAGACUACAAAUCGUUAUUCACCUCCAGUGAUGAAGAGUGUCACAGGGUCUGCACGCAGGACCCUCACUGUCGGUUCUUUACUUUUGUAAAUGACGCCUUCAGACUUUCAGACAUAAGAUACAAAUGUCACCUUAAACACAGCUGGUCGGUACCGAGGAUUCCUGUUAUAAAGAGAGAGGUUGGAGCAGUAUCAGGAUUCUCCCACAAACUGCAAAUAACUCAAUACUUUGGACCAGUUUGCCAAGGAAAGCUUCUCUUAAACACUGACAUCCCAGGACACGACAUUGACAAGCUGCCUGCCGCCUCUGCUGAACACUGUCAGGCUCUUUGCAGUGAUAGACCACGCUGUACAUAUUUCUCUUAUAACAGUGAUAACUUCCAAUGUUACUUGAAGGGAAAUCGAGAUGCAAUGGUGACAAGAGCCAAAGUGGGAUUCACAUCUGGGAUACCGGUGCACUUCUGCCAGAUGGAUGACAGUUGGCUUCAAGUGUCUCAUGGAGGAGUCAGUUUCGAAGGUUCUGACUUUCGCUCUGAGUUGAUGGAUGAUCCAGACACGUGUCAGAGGACCUGUACUACAGAUCCUCUUUGCCAGUUCUACACCUACUUCAAUAAAUCCUACUCCAACCCUGAUUUCAGGCGCCGUUGUUAUCUCAAGCGUGUCAUCACAGCACCUGCUCCUCCCGAAGUGAAAAAAUAUAAGAAUCUCGUUUCUGGAUUCUCCCUGAAGAACUGGACAUCCAUCUUUAAUGGGGACCAGAGCCAAAGUGGGAGUCACAUCUAGGAUACCGGUGCACUCCUGCCAGGUGAAUGGCAGUUGGCUUCAAGUGACUCAUGAAGAAAUCAGUUUCCAAGGUUUUGACCUUCGCUCUGAGUCGAUGGAUGAUCCAGACACGUGUCAGAGGACCUGUACUACAGAUCCUUUUUGCCUGUUCUACACCUACUUCCAUGAAUCCUACUCCAACCCUUAUUUUGGGUACAUUGUUCAUUCAUAUCAACAAAUUCAUGAACCAGGAAUUCAGUUCACACAGAGAAAUCAUGUAACAUUUAACUUGAUAUUCACAAGAAAGAACCACGCCCCAACAAUAUGUGAUUAAAAGGUUCAAAUGGAAACUGAUGAAAUGAAUGGUGAGGAAAUAAUGAAUGGACAUUGAGGGAAGGGGUUGAGGUGAAGAUAGGGAGGAAGGAAAGAGGGGAUGAAGGGAUGAGGGAAGGAUGAUGAAGGGAAUGAAAGAAAAACAGAGCAUGAUAGUUUGAUCAAGUAAAUUUAGUCUUGACAGGUGAUUGCAGGUGUGGUUGAGGUUUGUCCCUGCUCCUCAGUGGACUUGUUAUCUUCCUAUCAUAACAACUAUCUAGUGUUGUCUAUAUGGUGUUAAAUCUUGUUAGUUUAUUUUGUGUCCCAGGCGCCGCUGUUAUCUCAAGAGUGUCAUCACAGCACCUGCUCCUCCCAAAGUUAAUAAAUUGAAUAA